CACCUGCACAGCCUGACACACACAGCAGGUCUCCAUGGCCCAGAUGCCGCUCUCCACCGUGCCGAAGCCCUCGAUCUCCAGAGUCCCCAGCAGCAUGGAGGGGAUCAACCACGAGCUAGAGAAGGUCUUCAUCCGGGAGAGCGGGGACAAAGAGGAGCUCAAGUCCCUGGAGGUCCCUGACGGGCGGCGCGCUCCCUUCCCCCCCCAGCAGCGCAGCAGCACGGACCCUCAGACCCCCGGACUCCCCCACGGGUCACAUGACGGGUCACAUGACGGCAGCCCCUACUCCACCGAGGAGCUGCUGUACGACCGAGACAAAGGUAAGUCAACGG